UGAGCAAAGACCUUAUACUAGGGUCUUGAGGUAUUUUUUCAAAAAUCAUGGAAAUGAUAUAUAUUUAUUUUACUAUACAAUCAAUGGUAUCAGAAAUCAGAUUAGAUUAAAGAUUAAACUAAAAGUAAUAUUAUUAUCUAUUCUAAUUUCUAAUAUUCUUAAUUCUAUUCUAAAAUCCAAAUUCCAAGGCUGAAUAACGUAUUUUAAAUUAUUAUGGGUAGUGAUGGAAUUCUUAAAAAUAAAAACAAACGAAGGAGAGAAUUGAAAAAAUAUAAGCAUUCAAAAAUUUUAAAAACAUUACCCAGCGAAAUACAGGAAGACACUUCAUUGUUAAAAUAUUGGCAUUCUAGGUAUAGGUUAUUUAAAAAAUUUGACCAAGGAAUUAAAUUAGACAAGGAAAGUUGGUAUUCAGUGACACCAGAAGUAAUAAGUCGCAUGAUUGCUAAACGAUGUACAUGUGACCUGAUAAUUGAUGGAUUUUGUGGUGCUGGUAGCAAUACUAUUCAAUUUGCAUUAACUUGUAAAAAAGUUAUUGCGAUAGAUAUUGAUCCGAAGAAAAUAGAACUUGCGAGGAAUAAUGCUGAGGUUUAUGGUGUAUCAGAUCGCAUAGAAUUUAUUAUUGGAGAUUAUUAUGCUUUGGUUCCUACUUUAAAAGCAGAUGUUGUAUUUUUAUCACCACCAUGGGGUGGCCCCUCAUAUUCCAGAAAAAAAACUUUCAAUAUUGAUGAUAUAAUGCCAAGUUAUGGAGGUGGUAAAUACCUUUAUGAAUUAACUUGUCAGAUAACUAACAAUAUUGCAUUCUUUCUCCCAAAGAAUAUUGAAGACAAGCAAUGUAUUUCUUUAGCUGGUCUAGGAAAUUUGGCUGAAAUAGAAAGUAAUUACUUGGACAAUAGAUUGAACUCAAAAACAUUGUAUUAUGGAGAUUUAAUCAAAACUAAUAAUAAUAGUAUUUAAAAGAAAGAAAUAAUAACACAAUAUUCAAUUCAUGAAUAAUCUAAGAUUUUGUACCAAUUUUUAUAUUGAUAAUUUUUUCUUUAUUUAUUCAAACAAUAAUAGUUACAAAUUACAAUACAAUAAAGAU